CAGCAGGCUCAGGAAAUGAAUAUCCCAAAUGACCUCAUAGGUUGCAUCAUUGGCAGGGGAGGACAGAAGAUCAACGAGAUUAGGUGAGUUCAAGGAAUUCAAUUUUAAAUUUUCUCUUUCCAUUAUGUGUUUCAUAGUUGUACUGGCAGCCCCAGACCUAAUUAUUGAAAUACCAAAGAUUAUGUGUUCUCAUUAAAUGAGUAUUGAUGUGAAUUGGGGUGGCAUACUUUGAUGCCAUACUUUCUGUAAUAAAAUAGAAUACACUAAUAAUUUUCAAAAAUAAAGUCAUUCUUUUUAUUUUUGAUAGUUAAUUAACCAUUUCAACUUACUUCAUGAAACUGUUGAGAAAUCUCCACUGCAUUUUGAAUAAAAGUUUGUUUAUAGAUUUAAAUUCUCUUUAAAUUCAUCACAAAACAUUUUUGGUUUUGUGGGUUUUUUUAAUUUUAAGGAGUAAAUGAACUAUAAAACUAGAUCUCUUCAAAUGAUAAAAGAAUAUUGAAUCAGUUUUGCUUUUGCCUUUGAAAAUUUUCAGACAAGUGUCGGGUGCAAAUAUAAAAAUCUCCAACGCAGAGGAUGGAUCUUCAGAUCGCAAAGUGACCAUCACUGGGUCCCCAGAAUGCAUAGGACUUGCACAAUACCUAAUCAGCACUAGGUUGGUACAACAAUCUUGCUUCAUAUAUCCUAUUCAGUACAGGUGAAAAAAUCUAGGUGCAGCUCAAGUACACUGUGCAGUAUUCCAAGAACCCUCAUGACACAAUUUACCAAAGGUACAUUUAGGGUGGGAAUCUAAACAAAAUUCUGCACAGGUUACCUUGGUUAGCUUCCUGAGUGAUUGCAAGAGAUGGAAAACAGCUAAAACUGCAUUAUUUUUUUUUUAAAUUUUGGAUUGUAGUUCAUGGUAAAAAUCAAAAUGUGACUGUAAUUGAGGUUUUAGUUGAAGACUAAUAGUUCUAUUAUAUCAGGAAAUAGUCAAAGGUG